GAAAAAUACACACAUUUCUUGAAAAGAUAACAGUAUUAUCGUGAUAGCUAUCAAAGCUUACAGCUUACUAAUAAUUCUGAUAUGUAACGAACAAAGGUGUUGUACAGGUACAGAUAAUCCGAACUGAAAAGCAACAAUGACAGGAAAGUUGAAAGAUAAAGAUAUGGACCAGCUGGAAGAGUGGAUAGGUACAGGUCCUAAAACAUUCACACUGCUCUAUGCUAUCACAAGAGAUGGAUGUAAUCAGAAUACCUUCCAUCAGAAAUGUGACAACCAGGGGCCUACAGUCACGGUGCUGUAUAAUCCACAGGGGUCGGUGUAUGGAGGAUACACGAAUUCCAGUUGGCAGAGUAUAGGAGAUUACGUUAAUGAUACAAAUGCAUUCCUAUUCCAGUUACAUUACAGUAACAAACGAACAUACACGAAAUUCCCUUAUAAUCAAGAUGGAUAUGCCAUUUAUGAUGUAGGUUACGGUCCGAUAUUUGGAUCAGGUAACGACCUUUAUACAUUCAAUGGAACUAUUUACGACUCUGGAGGUUACUUUGCACUUAACGGCGGUCUGAGCAUUGGGUCCAGUUACGACGCCCAAGGAAAAAGUAGUAACCAAAUCAACAAUGGAACAAUGAAUGUUACUGAACUAGAGGUGUAUAAAGUAUCUGAUGGUCAAAGAAAAAAGACUAAAGUGGAGCCUUGGCGUAAAACUAAGGGUUGGAACGAAAAGUUUUUGGACGAACUUACUGAAGAUAUUGUGUCAUUCAAACCACUUUCGGACUUGCAUAUCUCCGAGGCUCGGGUCCUGAUGAUCGGUCCAGUUGGAGCUGGAAAGUCGAGUUUCUACAACACCAUUAACUCCAUAUUCCGGAGCCGUAUCGCACAGAGGGCAUGUAGUGGUAGUGCUGAGCAAAGUCUUACAACUGCUUACACUCCCUAUCUUGUGCGAGUUCGAUCCGGAGCUAACCUUAACUUCAAACUUUGUGACACACGUGGGUUAGAAGAAUCGCAGGGUUUGGAUGUACUCGAAUGUAACUACCUUCUUGAUGGAAAUAUACCGGAAUAUUAUCAGUUCAAUCCUGCAGCACCAAUAUCUCAAGAGACCGACGGAUUUAUAGCGAAACCAACACUCGAAGACAAAGUACACUGUGUGGUGUUUGUAAUGGACUCUACCACGCUUGAAGUUACACCAACAAAAAUCAUACAGAAAAUGAAAAGUUUUCAAACUCUUAUGAAUCAGAAAGGUAUACCGCAGGCACUUCUCCUUACCAAAGUAGACAAACUCUGUAAAGAUGUAGAGAAAAACGUAUCGCAAGUUUUCAAAAGCGAAACGGUAGAAGAACAUGUCGAGAAGGCGUCUCAGCUACUUGGUCUACCACGCGGAAAUGUACUUCCGGUGAAGAACUACGAAAAUGAGAUGCAGCUUGAAGAUAAUAUCAGUAUCUUGGCACUACUUUCUCUGCGGCAGAUUUUAUACUUCGCGGAAGAUUACAUGGAGAACAUGAUGGACAAGAGAGCAGCUGCACAGCGGAAAACAGAGAAGAUGAAUGUUAAGAAAUAAACAAAACGGACACA